UAGUAAAUGUCAAGAUUCUCAACGCGUUGGUGGAGUUUGGUUUGGUCCCCGUCUGCCAAAGUCUCCAACCGCAUCCAAUCGCAUUGUUCCAAGUUGGGUCAAGCGUUCCACACACCCCAUUGGAAUUAUCAUCACAAAAAAAUGGAGAUUCGCCUCCCAAAUUCCCAAUUCCCGCGAAAAAGCCCAACGACUCCUCCCUCUCAAUCCCCUCCCUGAUCCUUCGAUCAAUCCCAAUUCCGUCGUCUCGAAGCCGGAACAGGCUUAGGAUCGCCAAUUCCAAUGGCGGCCAUGGUGAUGGCGAUGGCCGGAAUGAUGAACGGAGAGAGAGCCGUGGUGUUUCUGUUCAUUACUCGCGUCCUCUUCUCCCUCCCCUUCUCUCUCAUCUCCCACGGCGUCGCUCUCUCUCUCCUCGCCCUCUCCGCCCUCUCCCUCGACAUCCUCGCCGAUUCUUCCACCUCCCUUUCCCAAUUCAGCACCAGGCCGGGUGCUUCGUCGGGUAUAUUGUUAGGGGCUGUCACGUUGCCCGCUGUUUUCAUAUCCAAGAUGAUGUGGUAUGAGAAAAAUUUAAUUGAUAACGAAAAAAGUUACAUCUAA